AUGACCCAGGCUGCGCAACUGGCCACGGAGACAGCGAGCGCACCACUACCGCCCGGAGAGGGCGGUGUCACGUUUGGCGUGCCGCUGGAGACGUUCAAGCGCAAGGCCGUCAUCAUGUCGGCGUCGCGCGUCGCGGGCCAGCAGGGCACCGGCAACACUCUGGAGAACAAGUCCGCCCCCGCGUGGCGCAUCGAGUUUGAGACGCGCGCCAAGUGGCAGAACCCGCUGCAGGGCUGGAACUCGACGGCUGACCCCCUUGAGAACGUGGGGCGCUCGUCCCUGUUCUUCUUCACGAAGGAGCAGGCCGUUGCAUACGCGGAGAAGGCCGGCUGGGAGGUGGAGGUGGUUGAGCCAAACCUGAGGCGCAAGGACAGGCAGAAGCGGUACAACUCGUACGGCGACAACUACACGGUCAAGCGCAAGGGGCUGCCAGAUCUGUCGCAUCUGGCGCUGCAGGGCAAGUAG